GGCGGCUGCCCCAUGGAGUGUUACUACAUUGUCAUCAGCUCCACGCAUCUCAGCAACGGGCACUUUCGCAACAUCAAGGGAGUUUUCCGGGGCCCUCUCAGCAAGAACGGGAACAAAACUCUGGACUACGCUGAGAAGGAGAACACCAUAGCAAAAGCUCUGGAAGACCUGAAGGCCAAUUUUUACUGUGAACUCUGUGACAAGCAGUACUAUAAGCAUCAGGAAUUUGACAAUCACAUUAAUUCAUAUGACCAUGCUCACAAGCAGAGGCUCAAAGAACUGAAACAAAGGGAAUUUGCUCGAAAUGUAGCAUCUAAAUCCAGAAAAGAUGAAAGAAAACAGGAAAAGGCACUCCAACGCCUGCACAAGCUGGCCGAGCUAAGAAAGGAAACUGUAUGUGCUCCUGGAAGUGGCCCCAUGUUCAAGUCAACAACUGUUACCGUGAGAGAAAAUUUUAAUGAAAUUUCCCGCAGAGUUGUUGUGGAUUCAGUUAAUAACCAGGAAGAUUUCAAAUAUACUUUGAUUCAUAGUGAAGAGAAUGCUAAAGAUGUUACCACUGUUGCUGCAGACCCAGAAAGCGCAAAUAACUAUACAGCAAAAAAUAACCAACUUGGAGAUCAAGCCCAGGGAAUUCACAGACACAAAAUUGGCUUUUCUUUUGCAUUUCCAAAGAAAGCAUCCAUGAAACUGGAGUCCUCAGCUGCAGCCUUCUCUGAACACAAUGAUGAUGCCUCUGUGGAAAAAGGAUUUAGCAGAAAAAGUAGAUUUGUCCCCGGUGCUUGUCAUCUUCAACUAUCUUCUCCAACAGAUGUAAUUUUGGGUUCUGAGGAGAAAGCUAACUCUUUUCAUCUACCAGAGGGAAUGUGCACUGACAAAGAAUCUGCUCAAACUCAAGAGAUUAAAGAAGUUUCUAGUGAACAAAAUACAUUGUUACCUUCAUUUUGCCAGUUUCAACUUCCUGUAUCUUCAGAUGCAGAUAAUUGCCAAAAUUCAGUCCCAUUAGCAAAUCAAAUAACACUGGAAGAUGUUAUUAUUAAUGAAGACACACCUAUGAGUGGUAAUAACUCUGAGUUGUUAGGAAAUAAAUCCACGGUUCUUGAUAUGGCUAAUGAUUGCAUAUCUUUGCAAACUACAACAGAGGAAAAUGCUAAGGACGAUGAUGUAUCCACAAUUGAAGUUGACAAUAAAAAUCAGGGUCCUGAGAUGUUGGCCGCUUCAAAUUCUGAAGAGAAUAAUAUAACCUUACAUAAAAAAUCAGAUUCAUAUAAAAGACCAAGUGAGCCAUUUGUACCCGUACUUAACAAAGACGGAUCCACAGUUCUACAGUGGCCAUCAGAGAUGCUGAUUUACACAACUACUCAACCAUCAAUUUCUUAUAGCUGUAAUCCUCUCUGUUUUGACUUCAAGUCCACUAAAUUAAACAACAAUCUAGAUAAAAAUAAGUUGCCCUCAAAUGAUCUUUAUUCUCAGCAGAAAGGAGAAGACAUUUGCAAGAGGCCAGUUUUGGAUUGCAAGGAUGCAUCAACUGCAGGACUCACUGACAAUGAAAUUGGAGGUAGCAGAAACAAAUACACCCAAGUCACUCCUCUUUUGGCUGAUGAUAAUCUCUCCAGUAGUUGUGAUUUUGGAAAAAAUGAGAAUAUGGCUCAGAGUUAUAAAAAUAUUUCCUGUAGGAUCAGAAAAACAAAAAAAUAUAAUUUUAUUAAAAAUCAAAUAAAACAGAAUACUGUAGAUGAGAAAUAUGACAAAAUAAGGUUAAAGGAUACUCAUGAACACUGGUUCCAUAAAAAUAGAAGAAAGAAAAAAAGAAGAAAGUUAUGUCAGCAGCAUCAUGGGGAGAAAAUCAAAGAAUCAGAAACUCACUUCAAAAUGGAAACGGAAAAUAGUUACACUGAUACAACUAGGAAAACUUUACUGGAAACAAUUUCCGAAAAGCAGUAUUUAGCUGCAGAGCAAUUAUUGGACUCACAUCAAAUACCUGAUAAAAGUCCCAAAUCAGCAUCUACAAAUUUAAGUGAAAAUGAAGAAAUAUGUAAAACCUGGAGCACUGAAUGCAAUAAUGAUGCUAUCAGCUCUAAAAACCACUGUAAAAAGAACUCAAUUGUUUUAAAUGGACAAUCCAAUCCAACAAUGAUACAUUCUGGGAAACAUAAUGUAACAUAUUCCAGAACUUGCUGUAGUUGGAAAGCCAAAAUGUCCAGCUGUAGUCAGGAUCACAGAUGCCUAGUUCUUCAAAGUGACACAAAAUGCCUGAGUCCGAAUCAGGCUGUUAAAAGAGGUUAUAAUUCUCUUAUUAAUGAAUCAGAAAGAUUCCAUCGAAAACGAAGACAACAUUCAUGUUCUUAUUCUUCAGAUGCAAGUUUAAAUCGACAAAAUUAUAUACCAGAAGAAUUUUUGAGGCCACCACAUGCUUCUGCACCCUGUAAGCCUAAAAGGAAAAGGAGGAGAAAAAGAAGCAGAUUCCACACCGGAUUUGAAGCUUUGGAACUCAAAGAGAAUACCGGUUAUCCCAGGAAAGGCAAUUCUUCCUUACAUCACCAGGAUAACUUAAUAAGUGAAGAUAAAAAAGAGGAAAUAAAACCACAAGAAAUUGCAGAUGUCGAAAGGAACUCGGAACAAACAGACCAAGUAGAAAAUAAACUGACCUUGCCUCCUAGCAGCCCUCUUCCUUCUGAAACCAGUGGGGAAACUGAGCCUUUAGUAAUGGAGACCACUUCUGGUGAAUUGCCAGAGAUUUCCAAUGAACGCACCACACCUGUCUAUGUAGCCAGUGCCCCAAGAAAAGAAGAAAUUGACAAUACCUUGCUGGAACACAAAGAAAGAAGUGAGAACACAAAUGUUAAUGAAAAGCAAAUUCCUUUCAAGGUGCCUAACAUUGAAAGGACCUUUAGGCAAUCCCAACCUAAAUCAUACCUUUGCCAUUAUGAACUGGCGGAAGCCCUUCCACAAGGAAAGAUGAACGAGGCAUCCACUGAGUGGCUGCGUUUUAAUUCAGGAAUCCUUAACGCGCAACCAUUACCAUUCAAAGAAGCACAUGUCAGUGGUCAUACCUUUGUUACAACAGAACAAAUCCUGGCUCCAUUAGCUUUACCAGAACAAGCAUUACUGAUCCCAAUAGAAAACCAUGACAAAUUCAAAAAUCUACCGUGUGAAGUCUACCAGCACAUCAUCCCCCCGAACAUGCUGGCCAACAAGGUCAAAUUUACUUUUCCUCCAGGUGCCCUCCCACCCCCUAGCACACCUCUGCAGCCUUUGCCUUUGCAACCGCCCUUAUGUUCUACCUCUGUAACCACUAUACACCACACUGUUUUGCAGCAGCAUGCGGCAGCCGCUGCAGCGGCAGCCGCAGCCGCAGCUGCAGGAACAUUUAAAGUGCUUCAACCACACCAACAGUUUCUUUCCCAAGUCCCGGCUCUCACCAGAACAUCGUUACCUCAGAUCUCAGUAGGACCAGUAGGACCAAGACUUUGUCCUGGGGACCAGCCAACUUUUGUUGCUCCUCCUCAGAUGCCAAUCAUCCCAGCUUCAGUUCUUCAUCCUGGCCAUCUGGCUUUCCCGCCUCUACCCCAUGCACUCUUCCCUACCCUGCUUUCCCCUCACCCUACUGUCAUUCCACUGCAGCCCCUUUUCUGAUCAUCAUCAUCGAAAGGAAAGAAAAUAUUCACAUGGAAACUAUUGCUACAUGCGUAAAUGCUCAUCUAAGCGGAUAAUUGCCUACUUAAAUGGUGGAAAUAAACUAGCCAAAAGAUGGCCUCAUUAUAUGAAAUCAUUUACUG